AUGGCGUCCGAGAACAUGAAAGAUGCCAUCAAGGACCAGCUGAUCUACCAGCAGCGGCCGCUUUACCUGCAACCUCGGCGUCAAGACGGAUAUUACCCAUGGGUGGAUGUCGCUGACGGUGGCGGUAGUGGUGGUGGUGGAGGGGAAGCAGGCGGACCAUCAGCUGUGGCCAUGUACAGCAGUGAAGACGGAGCAGGCGGUCGUGGUGGCGGAGGAGCGGCAACAGCCAGAAGGAGACGCGCCGCUUCGAUCGUCUCGAAUGAGCCCAUCCAACCUGAGUCUAACACUGCGCCUGCGCCAGCCAUCUCGGAUCCCAGUGCAGCUUUCGCCCCCACCACACGCUCCCGAGCCUCUAAGUCCACCGCGAGUAGCGGCAACAGCAGCAAUAGUACAUUAUCUGGAGGAGCAAUCAUGAGAAUGAAGAUUAAGUAUGACCAGAACUUUACUGCUUGCCAGGGUGAGGCAUGGAAGCUCCCAUCUGGCGCCUGCGUGGACGACAUCGUUGCAGAACUCGGCAUUGCACUCAUUGUGAUCGACCUUCCGACCACCAUCAUUGACCUGUUCUCGGACCCUGAAGAUAAGGCAGCGCUGACAGAGGUCCUUGUGAAGCGUGAAGGAGAGCGCGCGAAACUCGUCAGUAUAACGGAGGAAGCAUACCUCCGUCUCUAUGACAACGAGCCAGCCAAGAUAAAAGAGAUGCUGUCCCAGGGAUGGCAACGUGUUUGCGAGACGGAGGACGAAGUCCCGGAGGAGGUUUUCCGCGAGUCGAUUCAUUUGGCCUUGCACCACAUCUAUGUGGUGUAUGUAUAUCGAAACAAUCAGUUCAAGUUGCCAGAAGAAGCCUCGGAGUCAUUUUACCUCCAAACCCUCUGGGGGUUUUUUAACACCCUCAUUCUGUGCGACGAGACCUUCAACUUCCGGACAGCUGAACUGUGUGUGCUCGAGGCUGCCGGCAAGGACCCUGGCCCCAACGGCAGCGAAGCGCAUUCAGACACCCGUAAGAUGGCAAAAUGGGAUCGGGGCACUACCAUUACCAUCCUGACAGUCAUUGCAUCGGCCAAGGCCUUGAGGAAGCGUGUCUCAGACAUGGCCAAGCAGGUCAUCGAAUGGACCACGUUGUCGUUCGAGCUUCUCGAUACAUCAGGCCUGCACAUUACCAAGUCGGCGACCCUAUGCCCUAUGCAAUAA